CUUGGGCGGCCGCCGCGGCGGGGUGUGAGCGGGAUCAUGGCUAACGUCAAGGUGGCCGUGCGGGUCCGGCCUCUGAGCAAAAGAGAGAGUGCAGAAGGAGGAAGAGUGAUUGUAGAAGUUGAAGACAAAGUAGCAAAAGUCAGAAAUAUAAAGGUUGACAGUAGGCCUGAUAGCACUUGGGACUCGAGAGAAAAGACUGUGGCAUUCAGCUUUGAUUACUGCUACUGGUCAGUUGAUCCUGAAGAUCCAAAGUAUGCAUCUCAAGAAAUGGUUUUCCAGGACCUUGGCACUUCCGUGUUGUCAGGUGCAUUUAGAGGAUACAACAUCUGCCUCUUUGCAUAUGGACAGACAGGUUCAGGAAAAACAUACACAAUGAUGGGAACCCCUGCCUCCAUUGGGUUGACACCUCGUAUAUGUGAGGGCCUCUUUUCAAGGAAGGAUGAUUACUCAGACCAGCCAGCAUCAUGCAGAGUAAAGGUCAGUUUUCUUGAAAUCUAUAACGAGCGCGUCCGAGAUUUGUUAAGGCAGUCAGACCAAAAGAAGCCUUACACGCUUCGAGUCCGAGAACACCCGGAAACAGGACCCUAUGUGCAAGGAUUGACUCAACAUUUAGUUACAGACUACAAGCAAGUUGUAGAACUUCUAGAAGAAGGAAUAGCUAAAAGAAUCACAGCAGCUACGCAUACUCACAAUGCCAGCAGCAGAUCCCAUGCUAUCUUCACCAUCCAUUACACUCAGGCUAUUUUGGAGAACAAUCUACCAUCCGAAAUUGCAAGCAAGAUCAACUUAGUGGACCUUGCUGGGAGUGAAAGAGCUGAUCCGAGUUACUGUAAAGAUCGAAUUACCGAAGGUGCCAACAUUAACAAGUCACUAGUUACACUUGGAAUUGUCAUCUCCACUUUAGCACAAAAUUCACAGAUGUUCAGCAGCUGCCAGAGCAUAAACACCAUAACAAGUGAAGGGGACAGCAGUCACGCGGACAGUCCUUCCACAGGCAGUGUCAGUGGGGCCAGGCGACCAGCUUACAUCCCAUACCGUGACUCCAUCCUCACCUGGCUUCUGAAGGAUAGUCUGGGGGGCAACUCCAAGACCAUUAUGAUUGCCACUAUCUCCCCUGCCAGCUCGAGCUACAACGAGACCAUGAGUACCUUGAGAUACGCUUCAAAUGCCAAAAAUAUUAUUAACAAGCCCAGAGUGAAUGAGGAUACAAAUGUAAAACUGAUCAGAGAAUUGCGAGAAGAAAUUGAUAGACUGAAAGCUAUGCUGAUGAGCUUUGAACUGAGGAAUUCCAGUCCUUCUUGGAGUGAUGACAGGGAUGGAAAUCUGACUGAGCUGGUCCUUCAGAAUGAAAUGAAGAUUGAGCAAUUGACCAAAGACUGGACAAGUAAAUGGACAGACAGGAGAGCCAUCAUGGAAGAAUACAGUGUGGACAUCAACAAAGAAAAAGCUGGAGUAACAAUAGAUUCUAGUUUACCUCAUCUAAUGGCCAUGGAUGAUGAUAUCCUCAGUACAGGAGUGGUGCUGUAUCAUCUCAGGGAAGGAACAACCAAAAUUGGAAGAAGUGAUUCAGACCAAGAUCAAGACAUUGUUUUGCAGGGGCGGUGGAUUGAAAGGGAUCAUUGUAUGAUAGAAAACAACUGUGGGAUUGUGACUCUGCGACCAGUUCAGGGUGCACACUGCACUGUAAAUGGAUGUGAAGUCACUGGAUCAUGUCGUCUGUCACAAGGGGCCCUUGUUGUUCUGGGCAAGUCUCAUAAAUUUAGAUUCAAUCACCCAGCAGAAGCUGCUAUCUUAAGACAAAGAAGAUCAAUUAAUGAAACCCCACCCAUUCUGAGUUGUGGAGCUUUGGACUGGCUCAACUUGGAUGGAAAUUGUACCCAUUCUCACUAUAUCCUUUCUUCUCUUGACAAUCAAAAAUGUAGAAACUGUAAAGAAAAGAAAUGUUCUCCUGAACCAAGCAGAGAAAUAGAUGCUGUGCAUGAAGAGUACAAGCAGAAGCUGAGAGACCAGGAAGCUUUCCACAGAAAACAAAUUCAGCGACAGCAGCUCUACGUCGAGGAUUUAAAGCAGCAGAUCUUGAGAGGACAGAUCAAAGCAGAGCGGGAACUAGAAAAUGACCAAGCACUAAUCAACCAGCAGAUCCAAGAAAACCAGCAGUGGCUUAUAAAUGAGAAUAAACGGCUGACUGCCCUUCAGCAGCAGCAGCAGAGGGAGUUUGCAGUGCAAACAGAGUCCACGCUGCAUGCAGAGGCUGAGGUGCAGAGUACCCUUGGGCUGGAAGUCUGCCCUUCCCUGCUACAGCAGAACAAGAAGAGACUGGUGCAGCUGGAGCUCUUGCGAAGACACUCCUUAAAAAAGGCAGAAAGAAACAUAAGACGAAAAAAGGUCAAAUUCCAGCUGGAAAGGAUAGUCAAGAAGCAGAAGUUAUUGGAAGCCAAGCAAAACCUUGAGCAGCUGGAAGCCAGCUGCUGUCUCAAUGAAGAAUGUGUGAAACAAUCCUGUGCCCUAAAUGAAAAUAUUGCUGUAGGGUCCUCUUCAGAUUACCAGUUGCAAAAGAGAAGAGGGUCACUGGGUUCAAGUUCCUUGCAGCACAGGAAGCAUUGGUGCUGUAACCCACAUCUGCCCCAGGUACCCAGCUGCUUGUUGAAGACAGAGACUGUCUUGAAGUUAUCUACCUCACCAAAUACUGAUCAAUGCUGUGAAGGCAGUACAACAGGGAGGUUGUCAUCUGUAGAACAGCUUUACAGAAGAAGUAAAGACACUUCUGGGAAAGAUGACCUUUAUGAUGAAAAGGGGAUCUCCUUUUCAGUCCAGAGGCAGCUAACUGAAAAACACAAGGCAUCUUCAUGUGGAAAUAAAGGAGGAGCAGAAAAAGGCUCCAGUGAUUCAGCUAUCAUGGCUUGUAUCAGUAAAAACAAUCCAAAAAUUGGAAAGUUGGAUGACAACCCAGGGCAAUCUAGAUCUCAAAAACAGACCUCUAAAGGCUCCUCUCCUGAUAUUUUUAAGGGAAAAGAUGAACCCGAAACCUUUAUUGCAGGGACAAGAAUGACAAAAGCAAAGGUGCUAGGAAACUUGAGUCAGCCUGCAAGUAGCAAUCUAGAACAAAAUAGAGCUCAGGUAUCCAAUCAAAAGACAAGAAUGGAUAUCAAUGGAAAAGGCCACAGGUCUUCUCCAGAAAAUUUUCCUCAAGAAAUGAAGAAAACAGUCUUUGGAAACCCACUAUCAGUGCAUCAAAACAAAACAGCUAAGAACUUGAAGGGAGAGUCACACUCAGCCUUGCCAUGUGAUGAGAAAUCAUCAGUGGAGCGGCAAGAAUUUCUGAUGGUGGCAACAUCAGUAGGAAAUCUCACUAAGAUGAACACACAGGCACCACUCUUCUAUGUUGAAAAGAAGUGGCACAGUGCUGAGAUGCUAAGUGCUGGAGUGCCCAAACCAGCCACAGAUGUGCUGGGGAACUGGCAAGAGGAUGAUGAAAAUGAGAUUUCUGAUACUGACAGUUCCUAUUCUGUAGACUCUCUCUCCUGCGCUUAUGCAAAAGCUUUCACAGAGAAACCGAAGCAAGAUUUUGACAGAAGUAAGUGUCUUGCCAACCCAGAAGAUUCCGAGAGUGAUGAUAGUCAAAUGUCACAAGACUCUCUGGUAGAAAAGGAAAAUAAAGCCAAGAAGCAAAAUAAAAACCCAUCUCACAAGUCAAAGGCCCACCUCGAGCCACCGAAGCUUUACAAAAGCAGAACCGUUCACCGUAAUUCACCUUUGAUGACGUACGUAUCUCGAAGGGGACUGGGGAAGCCUGAGAGAAGCUUUUCUCUGGACAGCUUAGGUGAUGGAGAAGAGAUGCCAGCAGAAGAUCCAAUAGAAGAAUCCAAAUCUGAUUCAUCUGAAGAAGUGCCAGCAGAGAUUUUUUGGAAGUUACAAACUCCUAGAUCAGCAACUAUACAGGCUGAGGAAGAUCAUGAGUCCAAGUCCUGUGACAGAGGUACAGAAGGGACAAAUUAUGAUCUGAAGCUGAGCAGUUCCUUUUAUUUGGACACUAAGCCACAGCCUGCUUCCAGUAACACUUGCAAGCAGUUGCUGAAGGGGGCAGAAUUCUCCUUUGUAGAACAAGAAAGGUCUUGUGACAAAAGACUAUAUUGUAUAAGAGGAAAUCCUUUGCUUACUAAAGAUGCUUGGUCCUCCUGUGAAACAAAGGCUGAUGUCAGCAGCCCCCAUGUAAGAGCAUCUUCUUCCCAUGAAAAUUUUUCAUUUCAAGAAGCUGAUUUGUGUUCUUUGAGCAAACCAGAGCUUUGGGUGAAGAAAGAUGAUCUAAAGCAGUCAGCUGCUGAAGUUUCUUUUGUUUCUGGCUCGCAGCAGAUACACAGCUUUACUCAUUUAUCACAUCAUAUAAACAAAAUCAACACUGUCUUCUCUUCUGACCCAUCAGAAGUACCUUUACCUGAAACAGCAACAGCUGCAGGCAGAGUUUCUGCAAGUGGAUCAUUAAAUAAGAUCCUUAAGGGAUGGACAAACUCUAAUGAAAAUUCUUCCUCGGAAUCUCAGGAUGUAAUGUCCUCAUUUGUUAGCUCAGUAGGACCAAGCUCCUCUUUUGUUCGUGUUUCAGUAAAGCAUGAUUAUUAUGAACAUUCAACAUCAAAUCAUCCUGAACAAGAACAACUCAAUGAAUUAUCUGCUUACAGGUCUACCAGUGAAUGCACACAAACGUUCCACUGUUUGGAAAGUGCCUCCACUGCAGACUGCUCCUCACUGGCAUCUAGGAAAGAGGAAUGUUCUUUCCCCACAACUCAUCCAGAGCUGCCCAAGGAUCACGAUCUGAAAAAACCACCUUUUGUUUCUGUGUUGCCUGUGCACAUUUUGGGGCAGAGAAGUGGCUGUGCAGAUGCAGAUCUGGAAGGUGAUUUCUUUAGAACUUUUGAAAAAGAUGACCUUGAUGAUGACUUCAGUAACCUGGUGACAAAACCAAGUAUGACGGAUUCAGGCAGUGGAAGUGCAUCUGUCAGUGUACCUGCUGCUGAAUCUUCUUCAGGACUUGCUUUUAAUAUGACCUCAGCACAGACAUCUGCAGUAAAACAAGUCCAGUUUGGAAACCAUGGGCAGCUUUUUCCAAGAAGGGAAAUACCAACGUGUCGUGAUGAAGGGUUCUUCCUCAGUGACUUAAUCAAGAACUACUCACUAGUAGAUAGUUAUGAACUUCAGACAUUGCCUGGACAAGGAGCAGAAUCAGUUGUGACAGAAGGUAUUUUCAGGUCUGGGGAGAAUAAUUUGGAAACAAUGCAAGAAAUGGAUUACAAGCACGUAUCUGCAGGAGAAAUAACAGCAGAGACAGAUUUUUUCUCGCAGAAGACAACGUAUCGAUGUAACCCUUUAGUUGUUGCUCGCAGCAUGAGUUAUGAUCAGUCUGCAACACCAAUAGAGAUGAGUCAGAAAGAGAUGAUCUGUAUGGAAACUAGCACAGACAGCCUGGCAGAGAUUGCACCAGAGGGGCCUUCAUUCAGAGAUACCGAAGAACACGAACCAAAGGAUGAAGACUUGUCUUCACUGAAUCAUUAUGAAUUCAAUAGCAAACCUGUUUCUAAAAGUUAUUCCCAUGAAUGUGCUGCAGCAGACAAUCAGACAGGAUGCUCAUCCCAGCAAAUUUCAGAAAAUUCUACAUUAUGUGUUGGUAAUGGAAGAGAAGAAAGCAGUGAGAGCAAAGAACACAGCGGCCUGAAUUCUCAGGCUGUAGUUCAGAAAGACUUUUCAUCCAAGUAUGAAUGCUUAGCGGUAAAUGAAGUGAGUUAUCUUGUAGUGAAUGGGAAUGGGAAAGACACAGAGUCCUUCCCUGCUGCUGUUUGUGAGAGUGCAAAUGAUUUUCUCCCAGAAUCCAACUCAAGCAUGUUUUACAAAGCUUCAGCUAAAGCUCCUCUUUUUCAAAGUGCAUCUGAGACUGAAAAUCACAAACUGUUGCAGCAUGUCACAACAAUGAAGGGAGGUCACGAUGCUACUUCUAAUCUUACUGUGGGAAUCGGUGACACAGAAAGUUGUUCCCAUGUGAAUUCUGGCUAUCUUGGCACGAGAUGCUCCUCUACAGGUCAGAAGAGCAAUGCACAUAAGACAGCUGACAUCUCUGUGGAAUUUGAUGCAACUAUUCUCUUGGAAACAGAAACAGAGAACAAAUCUUUACCUGAAUCCAGGGAAGGGAAAGAAAGUGAUUGCCCAGAGGAUAUCUCGCUUGUCAAAGAUGAUGUGCACUCAGAGUCGGGAAAAGUAUUUGAAUACAACACAAAUACAUCAGAUACUGUGUCUCAAGAGAAGAACGAAGAAUCCAAGUUUUUAAGAAAUCCAGAAACUGAUUCAGAAGAAAUCUUGGUUCCUUCUCAGAGAACAAAAGCAAACACAGAUGAAGAAGUAAAAAAAAUAACCAAUAGUGCAGUCAGCUUAGGAAAAAAUGCAUUGGAAAGUAAAUCCAGGCAGAUUGAAAGUUUACCUGACAAAAUCCAAAGUGUGAAUGAAGAGAGAAGCAGAGAGGAUUUUAAAGGCAUUAAUGUAUCACAGAAUCCAAAGAAACCUAUUGAUACUGUAGCCUCUGAAGUUCAGUGUGAGUUUUACACAAAUCUCUGCUUGACACGUGAGGAAGUGGAGAAGGAUGAACUGCAGGUAGCCUGCAGCAGGGCAGAACACACUCAGGAAUCAGAAACACUCCUGCAUUCUGGCAGCCAACUUGAAACAAGCAGCUUUUGCCAAAAAGAAAAAAGUGAGGAAAUGGAAGUGGGUUUUUAUUCACCAGAGUUUCCUGUUGCUCCCAAAACCACUCCUUCAGCUGUGUAUUCCCACACCACAGAUUCUAUCACUCAGAGUACUUCAGGCUUCCUUGAUACUUGUGAGGGAUUUCUACAGACGAGCAGAACAAAAGAUGAUGUGUUUAAUACAGAGGACAUGGCUGCAACAGUACUAAUCACAAGUGGGCAAGGAAGUAUUUUAUCCAAAUCUGAACAGAAAGGGCAAGUCAAUUCUAGUACCUUAACUGAACCUUGUGUACCAAAGCAUUUGGCUCAGGAAGACAAGCUUAAUGAACACGAAGUGACUGGGAGUGAAAAACAAAUCAUGACAAAGACUGAGGGGCUGACUAUUACGAGGCAGGAACUUGUACACACAGAUGAAAAAGUUGUGGUUACUGAGGAGUCUCCAACUCUACAUCAGAUGUAUUGUAACAGAGAGGACAAAGGGGAAAUUUUAGAUCAGUUUAAGAUCCCUGAAAAAUACCUGACAGCUUCUAGACUAGAAGACAACAUACUGUUAGAUGAUUCAAGUUACUAUGAUCCUACUGAAAUGAGUGAAGAUGGUGGCUCAGUGGACUCUCUUACAGAUACAAGCAAUGCAGUCAUGAAAGAUACUGAUGCAUGUGAAUAUUCAGUUGAUGAUAGUACUGCUAUUGACCAAUACAGAACUGAACAAGAAUGUGAAAAUCUCCACAUUAAAGGGGACAGCCAUAUGUAUAUGAGCUGCUCUGUGCAAGACCCUGAGCUGGGCACUUCAGCAAACUUGAAUGUAAGUAAUGUUCGAAAUAGACCUGACACUUGUGAAUUGGAUCCAGUAGGCUCCAGAGCUGAGGAGGAGAAAGUGCAUUUAAUGGAUGUAGGACAAGUGGCCAGAACAGACAAAGAAAAGCAGAUGUUUGUAGAAAACUCAGAGGAGGUAGAAGUGAUCAUUUUACAAAACCUGAAUGAACUAUUCCCUGAAAACAAAGAGAGCUGCAGAAUGGCACACAGUGACAGCAGAUUGAAUGAGAUCAUAAGAGAAAGCCAGUGGGUGUCUACCAGCUUUUCUAGAAAUAAUGAAGAUGCCAACAAGCAACAAAGUCCAGCAGCCACACUGAAGUCUAUUGAAAAAAACCAAGAAAGUUCACUUAAAGGCUCCUCAUGCCAAUCUGUAAAUCAUGUUUUAUACCUUGGAGUAAGUGAUGAUUCCCACCUUGCUCAAGACAUUCCCACUGCAUUGAAAGGAGACACAAAACCAUCUAACAGCAGUGCUGGGACUGGAGCUGUUCUGCCUUACUAUGAAACACUAAUUGAGAGUGAGGUCUGCACUGGUGCACCUGCUGCAGUCCACACAAAUGGAGAAGAAAAAUGGCUUUCUGAUAAAAUGCAGAGUAAGAGUGUGCCAAUUCUGCAGACCAGGACCACAGAGGAUAGGCAGGAGUUAUUUAACACUGCACCUGAUUAUGCUCUAUCUGGGCACCUUGUCAAUGAGAACAGCUCUUCCACUCCCUGCAGUGCAGGCCAUCCCGAGUCUGAAACUGUUGUACUUCAGCAAGGGGCCAAAGGAAGCUCAUCUUCCUUGGAAAAAUUGGAUUCUUCUGAAGCUAUCAUUCAGAAUGUUAACAAAGCUCAUGAAGAUCACAGUGUGGAUUUAAGGGUUAAUAAGCUAUCAAAAGAUUGCUUUGAUUCCAUAGAAGAUACAGCUGAAGAGGAAAAGGGUGCCACCAUGCCUUAUUCAGUGCUCUUGGAUAGUUCAAGCCUGCUUUCUUCUUCAGAGAAAGAAGUGAUAGAAGAUAUAGGAGGGGGGAAAAUGUGUUCUUUACUAGAAAUCCCUUCACAAAAAUCAUUUCACAGUAAUAAUACCACUCACAGACUACCUCACUCAGGGAGUUUAUCUCAGCAUGAUGAGAAGGAGAAAUUUUUAAGCACAAGCUAUACUGCAACAAACAGCGAAAACGACAGUGCAGAGUUUCCUGGUGUAGCUGGAUACCAACGUGAGCCCAGCAAAAAUCAAGGACAUGUGAAUUUGGAAGAGCUCUGCCUGGACCAACUAGGCAGCACUGUUCCUGGAUUGAACAAGUCUCCAUGGGGAAAUCCACAUCACAGUAAAGAGUUUGUAAAUUAUAAUAGGAACUUGGGCACUUCUGAACGUCCUCCUGGUCUCCUGAAUCAUCCAGCAUCAUCUGCAGAUGUUUUGAUUGCCAGCAAUAGAGACAAAGGUAAAAACAGUGCUAUUCUCUGUGAGGAAACAAAAUACUUGGAAGGUGAAUCAACUGAUUUAAGUGUAUCUGUAACUUUCCCUGAUGCUUCUCAAAAAGGAGAUGAAAAGAAAAAUGAUUCUGCAGUUGCGGAGACCAUACACAGUCAGAAUAAUAAACUCCCUGAAAAAGCUGCAGAAACGUAUCAAAAGGAGGAAAUAAUUCAAGGUUCUUUCCAGGACUGCAAUGAGAUAAAAGAAAAUAAGGAGUACUCAGAACACUGCAGGAAUGCUUCUAGUGUGACCAUAACAGAAUCGAGCUUCCUGACUUUUCAGAGCCGUGGACAAACUGGCAGUAAAGAACCAAAGUCUUUUCCAUCCUACUUUGCAGAAGAUUCUCCGGCUGCUACACCAUUUCAAAGCUCCAAGAACUUUGGUGCUUUUGACACUUGUUGUUUACUUGAUGACUCAAAAACUGUAAUAUUGACUCAGCUUGAGGACUCACUCCAGGGCACUUGUUCGAUUGAGCAAGCAUCCUCCAGUUCUGCAUCUGUGUGCUCUGUAAAUGAAGGAGAUUUUCCUCCAGCAUUUGCAAGCGUCAGUCACCCAUCCUUAAUGCCAUUUCCAGAACCUCCUUUAACUGCAGAUACAGGCCAUGGGGAAACUGGCAGGCAAGGUAUUUCACACACAGGUAUACUGGAACAUUCUCCAUUUGCUAUCUUGCAAAUACAAGACACUCAGUCUGAUAAGGCUGUGGUAUUUGAUGAGCCAAUAUCUGCUUCAGGGAGUAUUUUACUUGUGAAAAAACCCAGGCAUUGUCCCAUAUCAGACACAGACUCUACUUCAUAUCAGCAUUCUGCCUUAGAGGGGGAACCUGCAUGUGAAAGUAAUGGUCACAAAUUCAGCAAUGAUACAGAAGUUGAUCAGCACCACUGGGUUAAAUUUCCACCACAAGAAGCUUGCACAGAAGACACAGAGAAAGUACUAAAUGAGAAUUCUUUUUUAUUCCCAUCAUUACGUUUUUGGGGUACUGGAAGGGCAGCUCUUGUUAAAGAGGGACAAAGGAGGAAAAUAAUGAACAGAAAUGAGGAAGAACUGCAUUCUAAUACUGAGGCUGAACAUUCUGCAGUAAGGACAGAGCAGGGCAAUGCAGUAAGUAGCGAACCUGUUCAAAAGCAAAGUACUGUGUCCUCAAAUACUGCAAAUGAAUUAAUAGGCUCAGAAGUGACAGUGCUAGAAAAUCUGUGUCCAGGAGUUGUCAGUGUGGCUCCUGAACACACCUGCAAUUCAUGUAGUCCAACAUAUCCCACAAUCAGCAGAAGCACUGAUCCCAGGCGGCUGUAUCCCACAGUCUUGGGCUUUGAACAAAACCCUGCAGAUCUGCAAGAUAAUUGUCAAUUUGUGCCUGUGGGUGAAGAGGCAGAAAGAGCAAAUACAGAUGGUGGAAAAGAGAUUUUGCCUUGCAAAAUUAAUACAGGUUCAAGCACUGAUAUCCCUGCUGCUGCUGCAAACAGUUGUUCAACAACAGACGUGUCCAUAAUGAGGAGUAAGGCUAUGAAAUUGGAAAGAACAACAUUUUCUGUAAUGAAUAAUGAAAGUACCUCUGUAAAACUUUCACCAGAAAGCCAUGGUUUGUCUCCUCCAGAAUCCAAAUCAGUGCAAUUCAGAAGCAGAAGAUCAUAUUGUACUACACAGCAUACAAAGAGCUGGAAACAAAGUGAACGCAGAUCUUACUUACAAAGCCAUAGACUAUCAGCUCCAGCUAUUGCUUUCUUCUCUGAUACAGAAUAUACUUUGGAAGCCUCACCUAAGGCAGAUCCUCCUUUGAUGUGUUCUGCAUCUAAAUCAUUACAAGAUUUAAAUAUGAGUGUAGAGCCUCCAUCACCAACUGAAGAUGAUCUUCAUGGAACUGAAAGAUUUUCAAAACAGGAAUCAAAGAACUUUCUGCAGGUUGAGUCUAAUCCCAGAUUUCAGCAAAGAAUGGCACAGAUUGCAAAGCUUGAAAACUAUGAUCCCAAAAGUGCACAAAAUUUUGCAGCAAGAACCCAAAGCAGUCAGUCCUUACAAGACUCUACUGCUCAACCUCCAUCGUCCUUACUGCACACAGCUCACAGUUCUGUGGGUACAGAAGCAAAUUCCCACGCAAAGAGUAGUUCUGUAGCUCAGUGUAGUGAAGGGAAAACUGAAGAAGCUGGAUACCAGCCAGAAACAGGUUUAUUUUUGCAAGACAAUAAGGAUACAAUGCAUUUUGGUUCAAGUGAUGUCAACCCAUAUAUUCAUCCAUGGCAAAGAGGGGAGUCUUGCAAGAUUGGCUGGAAACAGUAUGUUUUUGGAAGUGCAAGUGAUGUCUCUUGCAAUCAAAUUCCUGUAAACCUGGAAAGCUGCAAAGUGAUGAGAUGUUCUAGUGUAGACAAUGGAUUGAAUUCUCAGAAUUCUCCUUUCCAUUCCCAUCUCAGUUCAUAUGCUACAGCAAAGGUUUUAUCGAGUACUUUGAGCAGUAUUGAAGGUCUUCAAGGAUGGGACAAUGUCAGACAAGACUUUGGAUCUGCAGGCUCAAGUGACAGCACCAAGCAGCACGGCAAUGUGUCCAGUGAGACACUGAAAACUAAUCCAGAAAAUUAUGUUACUGAAUUGGAGAAUCCUUCUGCACAGCCUGGCAACUCUUCAGUGCAGGUUGAUGAAAUUGUACUCUUGUAUCCUUCCGAGUCUGAAAGGCCUUCCAAAAAACUACCAGGGAUUACUUGUGAGCAGGGAACACAAACAGCAACUACAGGAAGGUAUAAAAGGCAGAGGAGACACCAGAGAAGCUAUACAGAUAUUUCUGCAAGAAACCAGGAAACAAAGAGAGAUUUCUUUCAUCAACCUUCUUCUUGGACAAGCAUGCAGAACUUGUCCAUGCAUCUGUCACAGCUUCUUCAGAACACUUCUGAGCUGUUGGGAAACCUCUCUCAACAGAGCAUCAUGGAUAAUGAGCAAAACGCCAAAAUCAACCAGAGAGGAACCGAGGCUGUUAAGGCUACUAGAUCAGAUAGCUGCACUCAGACUACAGCAGAUGUAGGCACUCAGACUGAGGUUUUGGAAGAACCUCAAAGCAAAGCAAAGCAAGGGGAGGCAAAAAUGGAAACCGGAUCGAGGGCAGCUCAGGCAGUAAAUGUUGACUGGAAAGGAAAGGAGGCAGAUACAAUAGGUAAGAUUCCCAAAAGGAAAGAUCAAACACUCUCUCUUGAAGAAAGAACACAAGAACAGGCAGGGAGGAGAGACCUGAGCAAUCCUGACUUCUGUGACAGUCUUGACAGCAUUUUGGAAGACUCCUUUAUGCGUCUGCCUCUCUUAGCCAGGACAUCCACUCCUAUCCUAGAGUUUCAAAAAAAGCUACUAAAUGCACAGCAGAAUGUUGCUCUUGCAAGUACCAGAGUUUCAUCUGUCACACCAUCUUCUCUGAAUUCAGGGAAAGAUAGUUCUUCAUGCACUGUAGUUAGCAGCCCAACUAAUAGCACCUCUCCGUCUCCAGCAGCAUCUUAUGGCCAGGAUAAAAAUGUUAAUGAACUGGAGGUUCCAGCAGAAAGGAAAUGUUGUUACAAAGCCACUCUGCUAGUCGAUAGGGCCUCUUCCCCUAUUCUGACUCUCAGUGCUAGUCCCAGCAGCCAGACUGCUUUUAGCAAGUCUGCCUGCCCUGUUAACGAAUCUCCUGGAUAUUCCAGUGAUGCUUCAAGUCCCCUUUACAACCAGAGAAGACAUGGGGCAGGUCUGCAGACCAGCAGGCAGUCUCACGUGGACAAUUUUUCACAGACAGAGACAGACACUGAAUCUGGCAUGUCUGGGGAACUUAAGGGCAUAAGAAAGAAAUCUGAAAGCUUCUCAGAUAAGAAAGCAGCCAGAGAGGCUUUAGGACAGGAGGGGUCGAAAGGCUUGGAACAGCAGCGUAGACUCAUGGGUGACACCCACAUUACCACCUGUGCCAAAAGACUGUGUCACUCCAGUAGCAUGCUGGAGAUGUCAGGCCACAGGGAGGCUUUAACAGGUGAUCUCGGAUACCACAGCCCGCUGGCACGUUCGCUUCGUUGUAUGUAUGCCCCGAGGGGAGGAAGAGGUUCUGCAGCUGGAAUUAGACAUGGAAAAUAUGUUGGUAAUUCUGAUACUGCUUUGAUUCGUAACUCUUCACCUCAAAAUGCUGACUUACUUUGUAAUAGAAAAAUUAGUGCCUCUUCUUCAGCUGAGACAAAUGCUGGUGCCUCCUCAGACUCUCUGGUGGAAGCAUCUUCCCUACCAUUUCAUGAUUUCUUCUGGAAAAACGAACGCAGCCGCCCUCCCCUGCUCUCCGAUGGAAGCGAUGUGCAAACUUCCUUCCAAGAUGACCACGCAGGUUCUGUCACUGGAAGUGAAUGUGACACUGAAAUUCCUCUCAACAGAAAUAGUCCUUUUGCAAAGCCUUACAGGCCUCGGAGCUACAGUCUCCGUGACUUACCCAUACACAACAAAUUCAGCAACUGGUGUGGUGUUAAGGGCAGCCCUUCCGCUUCCUUGCUCAGCUUGAGCGGCAGUGUGACCGAUUUACAGAGUCAGGCAGAAAAGAAACCUAGAAGCACACAAGAAACAGAAAUAGAAGGGAAGUCCCAGCUCUGUGACAGCAGGAGCAGAGAGAUUGAGAGGCUUCAGCGAGAGCGUGCUCAGAUCAUGUCUGGCAUUCACCUGGAUCUGCAUCAGCAGCCCCUCACCGUGGAGCUGGCCGAAGCAAAGCUCAACUACGGCAUUGGGGAAACGGAUGCCCUGCUGAGGGUCCUUCAGAGUGGCACUGCAGAUGACCCAGUGGCCAUUCCAGUGAAGCAGCAGCUUUAUGAAAGGCAAAUGAAGACCAUUGAAACUCUGAGGAAGGAAAGAGAGAAAAGGCUACAAAGAUACCAAAGAAGCCGAAGUUUGAGCCCUCAGAAGCAUCUGAGCCUGUUGCAGACACUGGAUGCAGGUCAGAGGGAUUUAGAUCUCCCCAGCAGGCGCCGAGAAUAUCUGCAACAACUGAGGAGAGACGUGGUGGAAAAUACCAGAGCUCAGGAACCAAAAAGAAGAAGCAUUCAGCAUCCUUCAGACAUCGAGCUGUUGCUCCGAGACUACCAGAGGGCACGAGAGGAAACCAAAACUGAAAUUGCACGGGCGAGGGACAAGCUGCGGGAGAGAGCGGAGCAGGAGAAGAGGCGCAUACGGGAGCAGGCGCUCGCCCAGCUGCAGAAGGAAGAAGCAAGGCUAAAGACUCUUGCAAGUACCAGCACUUUAUGUACAGACUCCAGCCUCAGCCUCUCCUCUGGCCCAUCAUCUGGUUACAACAGCAGCAACACUGCUACAUAUACUGCCAGUAACCUCAGCAGCCAGGAAGGACAGGUUUCUUCUGGCAAUGCCUUGCUCUCAAGAGACACACGAGGUCGUUCGGCUGUUAGGAACAGCCAGCUUCAUGCUUUAGAGCAACUGCAGAAGGAUUCAGCAUUUGAAGCCACCAGAAUUCAACCAGCCCUUCCGACUAGCAGCAGCAGCAGCUGCAGCUUCGCUCAUGGAUUAACUAUUUCCCUCGCCUCCUCUUCGACAAAAGGAUACCAAGAUUUAUCCAAACACAUCCUGGCUAAUGCUACCACUGAGGUGAUGGCUGCGUGCUCCCAGAACCUGAGGAACCUCUACAGCUGCCAAGCAGCAGCUGGCUGGAAGUAUCAAUGUACAGAAAAAGAGGUGCUGGUUUACUACAAAGUCUUCCCCUCUGCCACCAGGCACGGGUUCUUGGGUGCAGGGGUGAUAGAAAGACCUCUUGCCUAUGUGUGGGGCCUGGUGAGAGAUCCUGGCAAAAGGCACCUGUAUGACAGAUCCAUCAACACGGCUCGAGUCCACAAGAAGGUCACCAGCCAUAUUCAGCUGGUGUAUUUAGUGACUGAUGCCUCCCUCUGUUACCUAAAGCAGCCCCGGGAUUUCUGCUGCAUUACUGUGGAAGCCAAAGAGGAGAACUUGUCUGUCCUGGCUAUUCAGUCUGUCUAUGAUGCAUCCAUGCCUCACCCCUGUAAAGAAGUGGUGAGAGGGGAGAUUUUGCCAAGUGCUUGGAUACUGGAACCUGACAUAGUGAAUGGAAGAGACAUCACCAGAGUUAUUUACAUGGCACAGGUGGACCUUGGUGCCCCAGCCAUCCCCGCACGGCUCCUCAGCUCCCUGGCCAAGCGGCAGCCCCUGGUGAUCGCUCGGCUCGCACACUUACUUGCUAGUUAGUAUUUGGUCCAAAACCAGACACCUAGCAGCAGCUGAAAGUCCACAAAGAGAGGGAAGUACCUGUAAGGGUCAUGUAAAAUGCUGGUUCAUUGGACAGUGGUAGUCAGGCCUGACUUAUGGAGCCUAACUGGACUAACAAAAGUACAGUUAGAAAAAAAAAGAGGAGCAUUUUGGCCAACGCUGCUCAGAAGAAACCCAGCAAGAUCAAUGGUGAACCUGCCCUCCUGCAGACAGCGUUGGAAAGCCACCAUGGAGCAGCAGGAA